ACCCUUCCUUUCAUACCGGAGGAUGGAGCUGCUCUGCCCUCCAGUCUGACGCCGCCAGCGCUGUGACGCAACCUGUGACGCGGCCAAGGAAUACGAAAUGUCGAGCAGCGGUGACGUUUCAAACGUCACCGCUGCGCGACUUUCGCAGUGCCGGGCGGUUGGGGCAUCUUGCCGUGAGCCCGAGCAAUAAAGCGGGGGAGAACACUGCCGGCCUAUGCCACCGCACAGUUUUAUUGGUAAAAGCGAACUCAUGGGGAACAUGAAGAUGGUCAGCAGCCAGCCCAAGUAUGACCUGAUAAAGGAGGUGGGCCGUGGCAGCUAUGGGGUGGUGUAUGAGGCAUUAGUUCGCAGGACAUGUCAGCGAGUAGCGGUGAAAAAGAUCCGUUGCCAGGCACCAGAAAAUGUUGAGUUGGCUCUGCGUGAGUUUUGGGCUUUGAGUAGCAUCCAGGGCCAACACCCCAAUGUAAUUCACUUGGAGGAGUGUGUUUUGCAGAGAGAUGGCACAGUACAGCGCAUGUUACAUGGAUCCAGCUCCGCACUUUAUCUUCCGUUGGUGGAAACCUCUCUGAAAGGUGAGAUUGCCUUUGACCCACGCAGCACAUAUUGUCUAUGGUUUGUGAUGGAUUUCUGUGAUGGAGGGGAUAUGAAUGAAUACAUCUUAACACGAAGGCCAAGUCGUCGAACUAACACCAGCUUCAUGCUUCAGCUAAGUAGUGCCCUUGCAUUCCUACACAAGAACCAAAUAAUUCACCGAGACCUAAAGCCUGACAACAUUUUGGUGUGCAAAUCCCGGGAUGGUAUAGAUGAACCUACCUUGAAGGUGGCUGACUUUGGACUGAGCAAAGUAUGCUCCAGCUCAGGGCUGAACCCAGAAGAACCAGCCAGUGUCAACAAAAGCUUUUUAUCUACAGCUUGUGGCACGGAUUUUUACAUGGCGCCUGAGGUAUGGGAAGGUCACUACACAGCAAAGGCAGACAUUUUUGCACUGGGGGUGAUUCUGUGGGCUAUGCUGGAGCGUAUAACUAUUAUAGACCAUCACACCAAGAAAAGGCUGCUUGGGGGCUAUGUUCAACGGGGUACUCAAGUUGUUCCAGUAGGAGAGGCACUACUGGAGAACCCUAAAAUGGAACUCGUGCUUCCCGUAAAGAAAAAGUCCAUGAAUCGAUGCAUGAAACAGCUGCUGCUUCAAAUGCUUUCAGCCAACCCUCAGGAGCGGCCAGAUGCCUUUCAACUUGAACUGCGGCUUAUUCAGAUUGCCUUCAGAGACUACACGUGGGAAACGUGACAUCCAACCAUAACAAGUAGUAGAAAAAGCAGAACAAAGGUGUUGGGGUUUGCAGGGAAGUUUGCUAUGGUUACUGGGUAUUUUUAAGUCACAUGACCAGCAUGGUGACUCCAAUAUACAGUACUUGUACCUGUAAAAGUUAAACAUAUGUAAUGGUGUAUCUUACCAUACUUAUUUUACCUCUCUGAUAUUCCCUCCUUUCAUAUGAAAUGUCUGGAGCUGGCUGCAUUACUGCAUCUGUGGUAUCAGGGGACAUGUAAUUUAAGAUCCCUAUAGGUUUCCCCUACCAUUACUAUUGUGUAAAACUUCCUGGAAGAAUUUGGGUAUACCUCCUACAGGGCUGCUAUCAAAUUUACUCUCCCAUGGAAACAGAGGGAUUUAAUUUAACAUUGCACAUUACAAUGGGAUUACUAGACUUCCCAAAGAAUGUAUGUGUCCAUCUGCUGCUGCGUGACUAGACUGUGAUUCCAUGGAUCACUCUGAAUGUGUAUUUAUUAAUACAAAGAUGAAUUUUGCCCCCUGUCACUAUAGACAUCUACAUUUUGGUAAGUAGUCUGUUAUCAGUUUAGUUAAAUAUUGGGAGUCUGUCUUGUCCACCUCUAAGACUCCUACUUACAUCCUGCGAAUACUAAGGGCCCAAAUGUAAUAUGGGGCCUAAUUCAGACCUGAUCGCUGUUGUGUGAAAACUCGCACAGCGGACGAUUAUCGAAUGACUGCCUAUGCACUGCAAUGCGCAGCCGUGAGCCCAAACAGCAACAGAAUGCUGCGAAAAUUUUGAUCGCUAGGCGUACACAAGGUGAUUGACGGGAAGCUGAUGUUUGUGGGUGGUAACUGGCCAUUUUCAGGGAGUGUCGGGGAAAAAUGCAGGCAUUCCCAAGCGUUUUCUGGGCGGUUGUGUGACAUCCGCUCUAGUCCCGAAUAGCCUGACUAUUGCACUGUAGGAGUAAAUUCUGGGCUACGCACAGACUGAAAAAUCAUUUGAUGGUGAGUGAGUUCCAAACAGAUUUGCAGCUGUCCGCUGUCUGGCGAAGUUUUCGUACGACGUACACAUGCAUUCGCACACUUGCACAAGGCGGGUUUUCACUGUAUUGGCAAAGACUAUCUGAUCGCAACCCUCUGUAAAUUUGCAGACGAGCGAUCAGGUCUGAAUUAGGCCCAUGGUUUGAGAUUGAAGUACAGAUAUUUCUUCAGUUUUGCUGGAGUAUUUAAAACCAUAAUGUUUGUAAAGGCAUGAUCAACCUGGUAUUGACUUAAAUACUGCACUUUUUCAAACUCUGGGCCCUAUUACAUUUGUCAUUAGAUGUGUUGCCAUAAACCUUUAUUAUUGACACCUGGAGACUGGUUUUGGUAUGUGUCCUUGUCUUAUGACAAUGUGAAAAUCUUUUCAUACUUGCAUGUAAAUACUUCAGAGCCACCAUCUAAGACAUAGGUUCUCAAACUCGGUCCUCAGGACCCCACACAGUGCAUGUUUUGAAGGUAACCCAGCAGGUGCACAGGUGUAUUAAUUACUCACUGACACAUUUUAAAAGGUCCACUGGUGGAGCUAAUUAUUUCACUUGUGAUUCUGUGAGGAGACCUGCAAAACAUGCACUGUGUGGGGUCCUGAGGACCGAGUUUGAGAACCCGUGAUCUAAGAUAUUCAACUCCCCUGUGAUGCUGGAACAGAAUUCAUAUGGGUAAAACUUUUCAAUAGUUUUGCUCACCCACUGUGUGCUACUGAAAAGACGUCUGCCUGCUCAUUUCCAGAAUUCUAGAAGUGUGAAGGAAGAAAAAUAAAUGUCCCUAUGUCUCUGAAGCUUUAAAAAUAAACCAUACAAUUUUUCACAUAAUAUACUUCAUUGCUUUUAUUAAAAAAAUUUUUUAUAAUAAAUGAUACAAUUACAAUAUGAGAACAGAUGGGGAAUUGCGAUUAAACAUAUAAGUUAUUGUGAAAUGUUUGCUGUUGAAUAAAUUGUGAAUAGAAUAAAUGCAGCUUGUGUGCCUGUGA